AUGGGAGCAGCUACAGCCAACUGCAGUGAAACAUGGGAAAUAUUGUUCGAGGUGGACGCAGACGGCAGUGUUCUUAACGGUAGCAGAGCUGAUGUGCUGUCUGCCGCGAUAAGAGGCGAUGACAUGAGGAUACACCUGCCACCUGAUGUUUACUUAGAGGUUGACGACAUUAUGAUUAAAGAUGGCGUCGUCUGUGCAGCUUCUCUUUUUGUUCUAUCAAAGAGCAGCUGGGGCACUUUUGUGUCAAAUAUGUACUGGAAAUUUGUCAAGGUGUGCGAUCAUGGGCUUGUACAUUUUGGCAAGGUCUACCUUGGCAAAUCAGAAAAUCCGUCAUCUACAUUGCCAAUAGGCAAGCAUUCCAUUUGGUUUACCAGACCAUUGAUGCAAACAGACUCGCAGGUGAACCCUGUGUACUGUAACCAUGCCAACGGAUCUUCGACCUGUGGUAGCCUGUAUGACCUUUUCAAGGCUGCAGAGGAGGGCGCGGGCAUUAGAAUGUUGGAAAACCGAAGUGGAACAUCAAAUUAUAUUUAUUCUGCUGAUCGCAUUGAACUUACUGACGAUAGUUGUGGAAUAGCGUCUCAAACUGUUUGGAGAGUUGGGUCAUUGCUGGGACUCUCCGAUUUUAGCCAAUGGUAUACAAGUCCUUUCUACUGGUUUGUGGUAUUGAAAUCAUCAUUUGGUUCCAAAGAAGUUUCUCGUCCGUCCAUCGGAGCUGGUACAAUCUUGACACAAUCGUUUGCAAAUACAUGCGACAAUAAUUGGUUUGCAGACUAUUGUUGGACUCAUAGCUUUUCCCACGGAAAGAAUGGCGAUGAAACUCUUGGUUCCAAACAAGAACUACUGGACAUGAUAAACCAAGGCAGGAGGGUUCGAAUUGUAUUUGACAGUUAUGCAAUGAAUGCAGAUAACAUUGCCAUUAACAACGGUAUUGUCACUGCUCAGCUACUGAGCCAGGUUGUAUCAUCGACAGAAACUCAACAGAAUGUAGGCAAUGUCAUAUCUAAACUGGUCAGAAUAUCGACAAAUGGAGAUAUAUUUACAGACCUCUACCAUCGUGGUACCUCCCUGAAGGCGGGGUAUGAUAAAUCGACCACGGCUGCUCAGUGGUUUGUUGACACAAGACAAUGGCGUCUUGUUCUUGGUACUGGUACAAGUGGAUCUGCUAUUGAAGGAUCGAAGCUUGAUUUAGCAAAAGCUGUUCGAGCCGGAUCAAGAUUGCGAUGUAUCGUUAAACUAUCGGCUACAGAAAGACUCAUCGUGACCGCAGAUAACAUCGAAGUGAGUACCGAUGGUAACGUUGCAGCUCAGGUUUUUCGUUUGAUGGAAUUCGACGACAAUGACACCAACUUUAUUCCAUUUUGGAGAAUUUUGAUUCUAACGACAAAUGGCGAGAUGAAGGAGACACGUUGGACGAUCGGUGAACAUCAACAUAGAGGUGACAAUGUAGCUAAUCACCCUAUGGACUGGUAUGUUGACUAAAUUCAAGAUUUUAAAAUGUCAGCAUUGAUAGGACUGACACAUCAGGCAAAUUUAUUUGACCAUCGCUUAUGUCUUGGUUACAAUAUUAUUAAUAGUAUUUUUUGUGAUAUUACUUAAUUUACGUUAUAACAAACAUUGUAUAUAUCUUAUGUAUAUAUAUAAUUGCGAAUUCCUUUAGUUUUCUAUCGGUU